AUGGCUGGCAUCCUUCACUCCUCGCUCCCAUGUGAUUUUGUUAAAUCCGAAGUAGAGAUAUAUCUCGCCCAUUUCCACGACCAGCCUUAUUGUGUUUUUCCCAAGGACUGGCUCUUGAGUCGAGAUAUAUCAUUGGUCCCGGAAGUCGCAUUCCCAUUAGUGGCUCUUACGUCUCGGAUCUCACGCCGCUCGCCAGGACUCACUGGAAGCGAGGUGCCUCCCACCAAGUACUAUGCCAACAAGGCCUGGGAUAUCCUGUCACACCAGUACAAGAGCGGUAAACUGGGUCUUUCAUUUUUACAGGGAACAUUUCUCAUGGCUCAGGUGGACUUCGCCAACGGCCAAUCCCAUCGGGGGUAUUCCUCUGUUGCACUGGGUCUCCGGACAAUCCAAUCCGCCGGUCUAAACAAAGAUAAGUAUACGUCCUCGCUCACUGACUCGGAGGCGGAAGAAAGAAGGCGUAUUACCUGGUCCUUUUUCAUGUUGGACCGCAGUUACAACGCGUCUCGAGACUAUUCACUCUGUCUUGCGGACAAACACUUUACCAUUCUUUUUCCUGCACCGGAUACGCCAGCCUCGCUCUCUGGCGAGGAAUCACUAGCUCGUGGAACAUUACACGAUGGACCCGAAAAGCAAGGAGAAAAGCUUGACCAUGGCAUCUUGGCCUGUCUUCUUCGACUGUACUCAAUUUGGGGUAAAACCACUGACUAUGUAUUUGAACCCUUCGAUAAGGAUGCGCUACCCCCCUGGCGAUCAGGAUCAUCGGUGGCCGGUCUGGAAUCCGACUGGAUGCAGUUUGAGACUCAUUUCGCAGAUACACAUCGGUAUCGCAAUGUCGACUUCCGACGACGUGCUCGUGAAGAACCACAUUGUCGCUCAUACCUGUGCACCUGGCUGUGUGUCCAAUUUUUAUUCCAUUCCGUUCAAUGUCUGCUGCACCAUCCAUUCGUAAACAUGGUUAAACUUCGCCACAUCGACGGGAACAUACCCGCAACCUUCCUGCAGAAGUCCUACGAGAGCUCCCUUAUUCAUUCGCGGUGGAUUGCGCGGUUCAUCCGAGAAAUGGACGAGGUUGACAUCCGACUAUAUGAUCCAUUUAUUGGUUAUCUCUGUGCAAUUGCCGCCACCAUUCAGCUCGAGAAUACGUCCAGCAAAAAUCCACACAUCGCCCAGCUGGGUAACAGCGAUUUCCGAACGUUGGUCGAUUACAUGACAGAGCUGUCAACGCAUUGGGAAAACAUGGGUGUCUUAGUCAACCGGGUCAAUAAACUGGCUGCGAGACAGAAAAACUACAAGUCGCUAUAUUAUAGCCAGGACACUUUCUCCGGGGAGUUGACGCGCAUGCCCACCCCGUCCACUAUACCAAGAAUGUCGGAGGCGGACGAAGCGCUGAUGUGGAAUAUUCUCGACUUUAGUUCGUCGUUUACCCCUGCUGAGAUCGGACAACUCGGGGACUUGGUCCCGUCACCUUAUCAGCGGAUGGAAACUACCAGUCCGAAUUUCCCAGUUGCAACUGGGCAAACCACCGAGCAAGGGCUAGAGUCCCUCAGCGGGCGGAUUCCGGGGCCGAUAGGCGCCGAUCCUAUAUCAGAGUGGCCCUUUUCAGACAGACCUGGUAACGGUGGAUUCGACGCGGCACUUCCCGACCUGCCGGACUGGAUGAUGUUCGGGGACUACGUCGCGGAGCAGCUAUGA